AUGGCUUCCUCUUCCAUCAAAGCCAUCUCCCCCUUCAAAGCCUCCUCCUCACCUUCUACUCAGCCCCCGUCUUCCUCAAAACCCUCCCUCCUUUCCUUCCUCCACACCUCCUCCUCAAACCCCAUCUCGUUAAAACUCUCCCAUUCCCAUUCCCAUGCCCAUAAUUCUCAUUCCCAUUCUUUUCUCAUAACCAACGUUUUGAAAACAGCUGACUCAUCCGAGACCUCCGUUUCCAAGUCCCAAAACCUCAAGCCAACGUCUUCAGAUUCAACCCCGACCAUUUUGGUCUCCGAGAAGCUCGGAGAAGCCGGUCUUCAAGUCCUACGUGGCUUUGGCAACUUGGAGUGCGCAUAUAACCUCUCUCCUGAAGAGCUCUGCGCCAAGAUCUCGACAUGCGACGCUUUGAUUGUUCGCAGCGGCACGAAGGUAACCAGGCAGGUUUUUGAGGCAGCCAAAGGGAGGUUGAAGGUGGUGGGAAGAGCUGGUGUUGGUAUUGACAAUGUGGAUCUGCAAGCGGCCACGGAGUUCGGAUGCCUGGUCGUUAAUGCGCCCACGGCAAACACUGUGGCCGCCGCAGAGCACGGGAUUGCUCUGCUCACUGCCAUGUCACGGAAUGUUGCACAGGCUGAUGCUUCCAUCAAAGCUGGAAAAUGGCUGCGAAACAAGUACGUUGGUGUCUCUCUGGUUGGGAAGACAUUAGCAGUAAUGGGAUUCGGAAAAGUUGGAUCAGAAGUUGCUAGACGUGCAAAGGGCUUGGGAAUGAAUGUUAUUUCACAUGAUCCAUAUGCCCCAGCUGACAGAGCCCGUGCCGUCGGUGUGGAUUUGGUCUCUUUUGAGCAGGCCAUUGCCACUGCAGAUUUCAUCUCACUGCAUAUGCCUCUCACCCCUGCCACAGCAAAGGUGUUCAAUGAUGAAACGUUUGCAAAGAUGAAGAAGGGAGUUCGCAUCAUUAACGUUGCCAGGGGCGGCGUCAUUGACGAAGAUGCAUUAGUGAGAGCCCUUGAAAGUGGAGUUGUUGCUCAGGCUGCACUUGAUGUGUUCACAGAGGAGCCUCCACCGAAAGAUAGCAAGUUGGUGCAACAUGAGAAUGUCACUCUCACACCUCAUCUUGGAGCUAGCACAAAGGAAGCACAGGAAGGUGUAGCCAUUGAAAUAGCAGAGGCUGUCGUUGGAGCUUUGAAAGGGGAACUUUCUGCAACUGCCGUCAACGCUCCCAUGGUCCCUCCUGAGGUUCUGUCUGAGUUGUCUCCUUAUGUUGUUCUAGCUGAGAAGCUUGGUAAGUUGGCUGUCCAACUAGUAGCGGGAGGGAAUGGAAUCACAUCAGUGAGGGUGGUUUACAAAUCAGCUCGGGACCCCGAUGACUUGGACACCAGACUUCUCAGGGCCAUGAUCACUAAGGGCAUCAUCGAACCGAUAUCCGCCUCCUUCAUCAAUCUAGUCAAUGCAGAUUUCGUCGCGAAGCAGAAAGGCCUGCGCAUAAGCGAGGAAAGGGUAGCUGUAGAUUCAUCUCCUGGGUUCCCUGUUGAUUCAAUCCAGGUGCAAAUAUACAAUGUGGAGUCUAAGUUUGCAAGUUCUGUUUCGGAGAGUGGAAGCAUAAGCAUUGAGGGGAAAGUAAAGUAUGGGGAGCCACAUCUGACAUGCUUGGGAUCCUUUGGUGUGGAUGUGAGCCUGGAAGGAAACCUCAUUCUGUGCCGGCAAGUGGAUCAACCCGGCAUGAUAGGCCGGGUGGGGAACAUACUUGGGAAUGAUAAUGUGAAUGUGAGCUUUAUGAGUGUGGGAAGAACAGUGCAGAAGAAGGCCUUAAUGGCAAUUGGUGUGGAUGAGGAACCAAACAAAAGGACUUUGGAAAAAAUAGGGAAGGUGCCUGAUAUUGAAGAGUUUGUGUUCCUCAAUCUAUAG